AUGCCUAUGGCCAAGCCAGCUGCAAAGUUCAGAUGGAGAGUGGUGGAUGAACACUCUCCCAAAGAGAUCUAUAAUUAUACUUUAUUUUUGUCAGUGUUUGUUUUCGGUGUUCUUGGUGCAGCCAGAGGAAUGGAUGAAGGUACUAUUGCAGGUUCAAUCUACCAACCAUCAUUCAAGCAAAGAUUUGGGCUUGCUGACAAAACUAAAUCCGCAUCAUGGUUGGCUAACAGAAAGUCUAACAUUACGUCCAUGGUUCAAAUUGGUUCAGUUGCAGGUUCACUAAUUGCCAGUUACUUGGUUGAUAAAAUUGGAAGAAAAAGAUCUCUUCAAUCAUUAUGCAUUAUCUGGGUUGUUGGUGUGAUAAUUCAAAUCACUUCAAAAGAUGUUGGUCAAUUAUAUGCGGGUAGAUUCAUUGAAGGUUUGGCUGUUGGCCAAACAACUACCGUGGGUCCAAGUUACCUUUCCGAAGUUGCCCCACCAGCUUAUAGAGGUAUGUUCAAUUGUAUUUUCUCUGGUGCAGUCUAUUUUGGGAUUUUUAUUGGUUACUUUGCAAAUUACGGUACUGCUCUUCAUAUUCCUCUGGGAGAGAAGCAAUGGAUUAUUCCUACUUCUAUGAAGAUUGUUAUGGCUGGUUUGAUUUUCAUUAUGUCCUUGACCUGGUGUAUUGAAUCUCCAAGAUGGUUAUUGAAGGUUGGAAAGCAAGAAAAGGCCAUUCAAAACUUGUGUAAGUUGAGACACUUGGAAGUUGAUCAUCCUUAUAUUAUUUCCGAACUUUCUGAUAUCCAAACCGCUAUUGCUCAAGAAAAGGCUGCCGUUGAACAUUAUACCUUUGCUAUGAAGUGGAGAGAUUUAUUGUUUGUGAGAUCUGUUAGAUACAGAUUUUUGAUUAUUGGUUGUUUAUCCCAAAUUUUGGGUCAAUGGUCAGGUGCCAAUGCCGUUACUAUUUACGCUACAUCAUUGUUUCAAACGGUUGGAAUUAAAGGCAUUGAUGUCCUUAAAAUGACCGCUAUUUUGGGUGUUGUUAAGUUGGUAGGUGCAUACUUUGCAGCUUUCUUUUUGAUUGAUUUCUUAGGAAGAAGAAGAUCUCUUUAUCUGGGUAUCAUUCUUCAAGCUGUUUGCCUUUUGUACUAUGCUAUCUUCUUGACUAUUGUUCCAGCUGCAGAAUUGGCAAAGGGUAGUUUAACCAAAUCUCAACAUCGUGCAUCCCAAGGUGCAAUUGCUGCUAUUUAUCUUUCCGGUGUUGGCUGGACUAUGGGAUUCAAUUCUGUUCAAUACUUGUUGGGUGCUGAAGUUAUGCCAUUAAAACUUAGAUCAUUUGCUCAAUCGAUUAUUAUGGUUUUGCACUUUGCCAAUCAAUACGGUAAUUCAAAGGCUUUACCAAAUAUGAUGAUUGCUAUGAAAUCUUACGGUGCUUUCUACUUUUUCGUUGCGGUCUUAUGUGUAGCCUUGUUUUGGUGUUGGUUCUUCAUUCCUGAAGUCAGUGGUAGAUCUUUGGAAUCUAUGGAAGAAGUCUUCAACUUACCAUGGUACCUCGUUGGUAGAAAGGGUGCAAUCAUGUGUCCAGAUUUAUCUCAAGUUAAUCAUAUUGCACCUCAAGUAACUCAUCAAACACUUGAAAAGGUUGAGGAAAUCUACAUUGAAAACGUUGCUGCGGCAGAGGAAGCUGCUCAGAAUGCAAGUGCAAGUGAUGAUGAUGACGACGAUGAGGAAAAGAAGGAGCAAGAACAAAGACAAAACGCAGGAAAUUUGGCUUGA